AUGACGAAGCAACCACGCAAGGAUCCUCCAUCGGGGAAAUAUGCGCUUGUCAGUGAAGUUUCAGGACUCGCAAAGGCGAUCACUUUAUGCAAGCGCCGCCCUUCGCAGGCACCGUGCAAAUCUCCCGCUAUCGCACGCUUCCCGCUACCUUCUAGUGAACCUUGUCAGUCUCAAUGUGGAGCACUGCGCCGGCGGCGCCGGCUUUCCGCCGCUGGGCUGCAUUUACGAAGGUUUUUUCCUCUUUGCCUCGCUACUGUAUGCUUCGUUUUUGCGGGAACUCUCCCCUCCCUUGUGUCUGUUGCUCACGGUGAUGGGCUCCCUUUCCUGCCUGAAGACCGGCGAAAUCCUCUAGCGCUAGUCACUCCAGGCGCGCCGCCGACUGCAGACGUCAACUAUGAGUCGAGGAAAGACGGUGCAGAGGCGAGUCCUCGGCUCAAGAGGUGGCAAAUUCCAAACAAAAGAGAGUCCACGAGCCGUGACGAGCCUCAGGUCACCCUAAAUCCAACGUCAAAUGGCGCUCGCCGCCUCUCCACCGAGACUGGCCACGAGGAGGCCACGAAUGCCUCUGCCUGGGAUAUGUCUUCUCUGCCGCCUUUCCAGGCAGAAACUCCUCGCUCUCCGGCGUCGCGCAGCACAUUUGCCUCUUGGUCGUCUACCGGGCCUCUGAGCGUCGUGUAUGGCAGUGUCCUAUCCUCUUCUCUGGGCUCGUUGAUCCCAGGCAUGGAAGCGAGGGAGGAGGAGUUGCGUCGAGGUCGCAUCCGGGCUCAGGGUUUCAUUCUUUCAGAGCCAGCUGCGCUCCAAAUCAACCCGAAAGAAGCAGCCGAGCAGUUGAACCGUGCCAAGCAGACCGCUACAGCCAUUGCCAUGCGACAUGAGCAGGCACACCUCCGUGCCGAGACAGACGCGAGCGGCAGCAGAACCGUUAGAGAAGACGAGUCUGGCGGGACGAAUGGGGGAGAAAAGAGAAGCACAUUUGCUCAGAAGCAGGAUGAAGAGAGUGAAGCCGACGAAGGAUCUAGCGGCGCCACCCAACCCACCGAAGAGGAGCCUCACCUCCCGUGGUUCGAGAGGCCCUUCAUGUCGCUCGCAGCCUCUGCAGCUCAGGCAGCUCUUGCAGCAGCUGCUGCCGCGGUACGUGGCGAACUGAGCUUGGGAACUGACGACCUCUCUGCGCCACCCAGUCCUGUGACUCCUAGUUUGUCGAGUGCUUCGUGGGGCGGAAAUGGAGAAAAAGCCGCGGGUCCGAGCAGGCCAGGGCCUGGCUCAGCUUCGACCCUCGAAACUGUCAACGAGAAAGUGGAGGAGGUGCUCCACCACGUAGUGGACAUGUUGACGGGCGGCUCGCGCAGCCGCAGCAGUUCGGGGGCACCCAGCCAUCCGCCCAAACCGGCUUCUGCGCUCGGGGCGGAGCGAACGUCUGGCGGCGCCCCGCACGCUGGGAAUGCGCUCGCGUCUGUCGAACGGAACUCCGACACAAAAAAGCGACACGACGAAGGAGAGGUUUCGCGAACCCGGAGUGACGACGAUGCAGAUGAGAAUGACGUCAAAGUCAUGGACGAGACGUCCAUGACUGCAGAAAAGGCCGUUCAAAGUCCCAGCGCCAGCGACCAGACCAUCACGCCGAGUGAGGCGGCUCCGCCUUCGUUCACUCGGGCCUCCUCCCCUGACGCGAGCAAGGAUCACUCGAGUGUAAUACCGGCGGAGGAAGACGCUGUAAUUGACACGGAUGGCGAGGAACUCCUGCAGCGUGCACACGAUCUCACAAAAGCCGUGGCGGAGGAGCCUUCCAACCGGAGACGCACGAAGCGCACCAGCAGCUCGACAGACGCGGGUCGUCGACGGGGACCAAAAGAAGGACACAACACGGCUGAGGAGGCAGCCUCCAGGCACAAGUAUGCCUCCUCCUCGCGUUCCAGCGAAAGCUGGCUGGGCAGCAAGAUCUUUGCGGAAGCGCCAAGCGAGCGAACCCAAACUCCUGAGAGACAAGCGGGUGGCCCUUCAAGUCGGCUGCCGCGGGGGGAGAGGCGCCUUCCUGACUCAAGCCCCGAGAGGCCUGAGAAAGACGCACUGCGCCAGGCUGGCGAGGCCCUGCGCGAUGACUUUCCCGUCUGGAAGGGAGGCGGGGCAGCGGCGUUUCGUGUCCUGAGUCGUCAUGGCGUGAAAACUUUGAACGCGUUGGCCCCGGCGUCGAACAAAACGGCUCCCAAUGCAUCUCCCGACGAAGCCGAGAGCCGUGAAGCGCGUCGGGCUCUGAGCGGAAGGAACAGCAGAGAUCCUCCGGCAGACGGCUCGACCGAGCGCGGACGACAAAUUGACAGGCCGGACAGGAAACACGGACCGCGCGGGGUUGGUGACGCAUCCGGCACCAUCACUCUUCCAGAAGAAGAAACCAAGCGACGUCGAGACUCUUCCAGUUCCUGGACGAGUGCGGAAGGCGCCACCGAUUAA